AUGCGGACGUCUGUUAUGGUGGCCCUGUCGGCCGGCACCGUCAUCACCGGCCUGCUCGCCUAUGCCGCGUACUUCGAUCACAAGCGUCAGACCGAUCCCGAGUUCCGCAAGUCGCUGAAGCGCAACAACCGCAAGCUCGCCAAGGUUGUCAAGGAGGAGGAAGAGGCCCAGGGCGCCGCGCAGCGUGAUGCCAUCAAGGCGGCCGUGCAGCGCGCCAAGGAGGAGGGCUUCCCCGCCGAUCUGGAAGAGAAGGAGUCCUACUUCAUGAACCAAGUCGCCAAGGGCGAGGGACUGUGCGCCGAGGGUGACCAGCAGAUCGAGGCUGCGCUGGCCUUCUACAAGGCCCUCAAGGUCUACCCCCAGCCGAAGGACCUGAUCUCCAUCUAUGACAAGACCGUCCCCAAGGAGGUCCUGGAGAUCCUCGCCGAGAUGGUGGCCAUGGACCCCGGUCUGAACCUCGGCGGCUCCUUCACCGGUGCUGGUGCUGCCGGCGCCGACAACCACGGCGUCGAGUAA